CUAGAGUAAAAACAAAACCUUUGUUCUGUGGGCCUUUAAAGAAACAUAAAGCAUAACGCAUCUUCGAGCGUAAAGCACCCUAGAGUCACUUCUAGCCUUGGCGGUUUGACUCUGGGACUGUGCUCCCCCUCCGGGCUGCCUUGGUAGGGCCCAGCCCCUGCCUCACGUCCGGCCACCCGCUCUUUCCCGGACUCCCGAAGCGGAAGUAAGUGGGGGCUCUCCCGCCUCCUGCAGAGGCGGGGCCGGCGGCACCGGGGCCCGGGAGCGGUGGGGGGUGUCUGCUGUUCUAACGCGUCUGUGGUCUCCUCUGCUCCGCUGUUGACCGCAGACCAGGCCCGGGAGCCAGUCCCGGCCCGGGAGCCAGACCCGGCCCGGGAGCCAGUCCCGGCCCGGGAGCCAGUCCCGGCCCGGGAGCCAGACCCGGCCCGGGAGCCAGACCCGGCCAGGUGCGCAUGCAACCCAGCCCGAGAGCAGGGGAGAACCCGGGCCCCGACCCGAUGGGGAGGAGGAACCCAGGGCCGGACCCUGCAGGAGGAGAGGGCCCGGCCCGCAGCCCCGCUGUCGCGGAUGACGUGAUGCCCCGGGUCCCCGGGGCUCCGGCUCGGGAAGAGGAAGGUGGCCCUAGCCGCCGCCCCCGAGAUGCUGCUCGGGCAGAAGAGCCGCGCCGCCCGGGGGUUGGGCAGGCGGGGCCAGCUCGCCCCUGCGCCCGGGACCAGGGCCCGGCGCUGCCCAAGGGAACGAGGGAGGUUCCGGAGGCGUCCCGUGCCGUGCCCCUCUCCGAGAUCCUGCGGCUGGUGCAGCAAGGCCAGGACAUCCCCGGGCUGCAGAAGCUGCACAUUACGGCCACCUGCAGGGAGCCCACCGCGUCGCGCAUCCCCCGGAGGCCCAAGCCUUGGGAAACUCGGCUGCCGGCCAGCCCCGCCGUGCCCUCGCCCUAGUCCGGCGGGACCAGCUCGGCGGGAGCCCCCAAACGCCGGGCCGGUGUGGGGGAGCAGACCUGGGCCAACAUCGCCGCCCGCCGCCCUUUCUUUGUGCAGACAUGCAGACCUUGUCUUGUGACUGGCGCGCUCCUGAGCAGUUGGGGCCAGGCUUUCGGGAGGAAAAAAGUGCCCUCCUGAGCGCGAAGGGGCACGAACGCAAAGGGCGGCAACCUUGGCUGAGAAGUGGAUCAGCCGCCUCGGACACUCCCGGGCAGCCAGAGCAAAUCCGCCCCCUUCCCAGCCACUGUCCUCAGCACACGUGAUGUGGAAAAUGUCGUGCACACUUCAUGCGAGGCCGUGACCUGCACAGGAGCUUUGGUUUCCGUGGCUUUGAGGACAAACUAAAACUUUGAGCUUGAGGACAGUUAUCGAAGGGGAUGAAUUUGAAUACUUAAUGAAAAAAAUGCUUACAAAGUUAAGAGGCUUGACACUUUUGACACUGUGAAAGUAUUCAGUACCGUCCUCAAGCUACCGAAAGUACAAACCAGCCAUAAUACCAAACGUUAUAAAGCUAGCUUAGACAAUAUGAAAAUCCAGUUUUAGUUUCUCUUGAAUAUUCCCUUUCCAAAUGGAAAUUUAUGGUGUGCGUAGAUUAUAAAUAAAUAUGAUGUACCUAA